UUUAGUGAAAAGAUAAGUGGUGCCGAAGGAACGAAGCUAGACGAUGUAUUUCUGGACAUGGAAAAGAAAAUAGAUGUUACCAGUAAGGCUGUUGCAGAAAUCCUUUCAAGAGCCACAGAGUAUCUCCAGCCCAAUCCAGCAUACAGAGCUAAGCUAGGAAUGCUGAACACUAUGUCGAAGCUCCGAGGACAGGUGAAGGCCACUGGCUACCCACAGACAGAAGGCUUGCUGGGGGACUGUAUGCUGAAGUAUGGCAAGGAGCUCGGAGAAGACUCUGCUUUUGGCAACGCACUGUUGGAAGUUGGUGAAUCCAUGAAGCUCAUGGCUGAGGUGAAGGAUUCUCUGGAUAUUAAUGUGAAGCAAACUUUUAUUGAUCCAUUGCAGCUACUGCAAGAAAAAGAUUUAAAAGAGAUCGGGCACCACCUGAGAAAGCUGGAAGGCCGCCGCCUGGAUUAUGAUUAUAAAAAGAGGCGAGUAGGUAAGAUACCCGAGGAAGAAAUCAGACAAGCGAUAGAGAAGUUUGAAGAGUCAAAGGAGCUGGCUGAAAGAAGCAUGUUUAAUUUUUUAGAAAAUGAUAUAGAGCAAGUCAGCCAGCUGGCCGUGUUUGUAGAGGCAGCAUUAGACUAUCACAAGCAGUCCACAGAGAUCCUCAAGGAGCUACAGAAGAAGCUAGAGUUGCGAAUAUCGGUUACCUCCAAAGAGGCCAAGCGAGAAUAUAUGCCAAAGCCUGUGAACACGAGCUCCAGUGAUAUCAAUGGAGUCUCUUCCAGCACGACAUCAAAGAUGUCAGGUACUCAGAUUCCCAAGGACCAACCCUGCUGUCGUGGUCUCUAUGACUUUGAGCCAGAAAACGAAGGAGAAUUAGGAUUUAAAGAAGGGGACAUCAUUACAUUAACCAAUCAGAUAGAUGAAAACUGGUAUGAAGGAAUGCUGCGUGGGGAGUCCGGCUUCUUCCCUAUUAAUUACGUGGAAGUCAUUGUGCCUUUACCUCGGUAA